AGGCAAUUGGCUCAAAGCUUUAUGGUGAUUCAUAUUUAUCUUAUGAUGCCGCUGUCAAAUAAAGUGUUACCGGUUCAUACCUUUUGUUGUAACUGUGGCUUAUAAUCCAGUGCAUCUUAUUUAUGAACAAAUGUCGUUUUUGUGUCAAAUUUGGUGGGUGGCAGCUUAUAAUCAGGUGCGCCUUAUAGUCCGAAAAUUACGGUAAUUGUGAUUACGGACUAUCAUUAUUAAUGCUUAAUUUAAUGCUAAAUUUAACUAACUACCACAGCAUAUAACUCUAGAUAAUAUGCAUCUUGGCUGGCAGCGAAUGAGCUAAUUUAAAGGCCUUCUGCUGCGGUGGGUGGACACUGAAGAAAAAAAAUGCAAAACGGAGGAAUGACCGUGUUGGCAGGGAGACUCACUCACUGGUGUUUCCCUUUUGCUGCGUGGGAGUUGCUCUCUGGCUGACUGCAGUAAUAUUUGUCCACUGUGAAACAGAAGGGAAGCAAGAUACAGAUAGUUCAUUUAAAAAAAAAAAUCAAUGUAAUAGGCGCACGGUUGGCCUGCUUUUUCAGAUGGCUGUGCCGUUUCUGGCAAGUUAGACUGUAGAAAAUCUAUUAGCCGAGGUUUAGAGCGCUCUCUCGUUUCACUUAUUGCAAAUGCAUUCGUACAUCUCCGACACUUGGAUUAAUCUCAAUGGUAAUCAGUGUAACAGCUCAGGGAUGUCAGUGCCUGGAAAAAAAAAAAAGAGCAGACAGCCGCCAUGUAUGGGCAUGCGAGUGCCAGCAUAAUAGGGAAAUGAUUACAGAAGCUCCCAUGUGGACGGGAGUGUUGUUGGAGGGUUGCCACACCCUAACUUUAGAAGUUUAACGACACUUCUCGGCCAAUGACGGGGAGUUUUCUUGGCUGCUAAGUUUGCGAGAGUGAUUGAGAGAAGGACUGUGAAAUUAACCGCGCUUUCUCCCUAGACUUCAUUUUCUCCAGUGUGGACAAGGAGAUGGAGGGUUGACCGGAGAGCUCGCCCAUCGGCCCGCCAUCAUGGCCAAAAGUCCGGAGGUGAAACUGGCGGUUUUGGGGCGAGCGGGAGUGGGAAAGUCAGCAUUGGUGGUGAGGUUCCUGACGCGACGCUUCAUCUGGGAGUACGAUCCAACUCUUGAAUCGACCUAUCGCCAUCAAGCAAAUAUUGAUGAUGAGGUCGUCACCAUGGAGAUACUCGACACGGCAGGCCAGGAAGACAACCAGCAAAGGGAAGGUCACAUGCGCUGGGGCGAGUGCUUCAUGGUGGUGUACGACAUCACCGACCGUGGUAGCUUCGAAGACGUGACGCCUCUGCGGACUCUCCUGGAGGAAGUCAAGAAGCCCAAAAACGUGCCGCUGAUCCUGGUGGCCAACAAGUGCGACCUGGACCACGUGCGGCAGGUGACUACAGAGGAGGGCGAGCGCCUGGCCGCCGAGAUGGCCUGCGCUUUCUACGAGUGCUCGGCGUGCGCAGACGAGGGCGGCGCGGUGGCCGAGGCCUUUCACGAGCUGUGCCGUGAGGUGCGGCGGCGCAAGGCCGUGCAGGGCAAGGCCAGGCGCCGCAGCUCCACCACGCAUGUCAAGCAGGCUAUCAACAAGAUGCUGACAAAAAUCAGCAGCUAGCCAUAUACAGAAAAAAAAAAACUUCUCGUGUACAGUAAAUGUCUCCCAAAUGGACUGUAAGGGACUGCACUAGUUGUCAAUCUUCACCAAAAAGUGCAAUAUAUCAUGCUUUUGCUGCACUUUGUACAGUGGACAAUUAUUAACCUAUUCGAGCAAAUGGAGCCAAAUGGACGCACACAAGUCCAUCUAAUCUAAUGGAUAUAUUCUUGGAAAUUAGCAAGAUCAUCUCUAUUUAAGUUAAUUAGCGAAUGAGCACGUUUGGUUCAAAAACUCAAAGAACAUACACGUAACUGCCAAUAAUUUUAAUGACAUGACCUCUAAUUGAGUACAGUGGUGCGUUGAGAUAGGAGUUAUACAAGUUGGCAGAAAAUUUGAGAUGCAAGCACACCAAAGUGGCAGCAAAUUCAACAACACGGCAAGCAACAGAAAAGUUAACGUUUACUGACAAAAAAUAUUUUGUCAUAUUCUUUAUCCUACACGAAGAACGAACAUUACUAGCUAAAUCUGUAUAUCAUCCUGCCCCCAGGUGGCCAAUGUGCACAAACAAAAUUCAUUUAAAAGAGAAAACAAGAUUCAAAAUAGCUUUUCUGGGCUGAAGUCUUAACUCAAGGCACCACUGUAUAUUUCCCUGCGCUGUCUUUGAAAUACAACCAAAGUGAAUGUACAACAGAAGAAAACAGAACACUACAAACAUCCCAUUCCAAGAACAUUCUAUGGAAGUAAAUAUGUGCCACUGGAAAUUGAAUUACUCGCACAGAAUUUUCCAACGUUGAAAUUCAGCCAAAAAAUAAAAAAUAAAAAAAUCACGUAGCCCAAUCUAAUUUUUGUGACUUAAUUUUGCCUUAGCGUAAUUUUCGCACUAUAAAGCGCACCUGACUAUAAGCCGCCACCCACCAAUUGUGACACGAAAACAGCAUUUGUUCAUAGAUAAGCCGCAGCUCUCCACACUGUAUUAUGGGACUUUUACACCAAAAGAUAUUAAAGGGUAUGACAACACCUGGGGAAAUGCUAAUAUUCCAUCAUUUAUCCAUCAACGCAUGCCUUUUGAAUUCAUAUCAUGCCACUUCGUGUAAUUACACACAUUGCAACACCAAGAAAAUGAUAGAAAUUAGGUCGAUUGUCAAGCUAAAAGGACCCGCCCCCAAGAUGCCGGAAAUCUAGCAUAUUGUGUGCGUGACGUCACUAUAGGGAAACAACCGGCUCAGUGCUUAGUACUGAAUGGCGGCGAUGAUGGCGGACAAUUUUGUUUCCAUUUGCAGCGACGAAUCCGACGUAACGAACAUUCUUCUAAUGGUGACGAGGAGAGUUAUGAACCUUUCUUUGGUGUUUUGGGUUAUCAAUUUGAGCCCAAACGAAAGCCAUUGCAGCGUAAUGAAAGGAUCAUUGAGGGGAGGAAUCACACUGAUGAAACACCGGCGGCAACAGCAACACCAAAUGGUUUGUUUUGCAUUUCUUUUUGUGAAGCUGAUACACCGUGACCGCAAAAUAAUGUAUUGAAUAAUUAUCAUUUAAUGUGCUAUCUUCGGUUUUCGCUCAGCCAACCGACACAAAUAUGAAUGGGAUUAGAGGAUUUGUUCUAUAUGUUUUACGAGCGAUAAUUUAUACAUGUGUCCAGUCCUAUAUCCAAUGCGUGAUGUUUUUAUAAUAAAAGAGGACUCACUCUGGCCAUUUCGAGCUUGGCUGCUCGGCUCCUUUGGUUAGCCUGAGGUGGUCUCAUCAGAGCCAGUCGUCCUCUUUUCUUGAUGAGGUGCUGCGCGUGUAUGGUGGCUGCUUUCAUCAGCAAUUUCUGAGCAAAACCUGAUUUCAUUUGUCCAUAGUUCGAAUAGCUUUCAGGUGUAAAAUGCGCACCACACAAAACCGUGCCGGAGGCUGGGUCUGCAAAAUUAGCCCUCUUAGCACGGACGAACUUUACUCAUUGUCUGCGUAGUCAAGCUCUUUUUCUCGCGUUCGGGAACUCAUGGGUACUACAUUGCGACAAAUGGCGAUUUGUGAACCACAUAGCAUGACAGAUUUGAACCAUUUUAGCGAUUUUUUGAUAAAACGCGAACGCAACUCUCUCGUCGAUGAACAACGAUGGCACCUGCCGCGACCUUUUGUUUCCUUGUUAUGACGUCUCCGCCCCAUUCGGCUGCUUCCGGAAUACUUUCGGAAAUGUUCGUAAUUUUCGAUCUAUUUUCGAUAAUUGCUCAUGAAUGCGACUUAUUUUUUUGUUAACUUUAUUAAUAUUUGUUAUCUUGCCACAUAACGGUUCUAUUGAUAUCUCACAGCCCCUUAGUGUUUUCAUACCCUUUAACCGGUAAUGGUUUAUUUGAUAGCGGCAUCAUACGACUGUCAAAAGACCAAAUGAACCACCAUGAAGCUUUGAACCAAUUGGCUGCAAAGCUUCAUUGCCAAGGGAGUCCCUUGGGGGAGACAGUAAACCUCUUCUGCCACCUGCUGUCAACACUGUUGUUGUCCAAAAUGCCUCCUAGCGUGAAUUGCAGCGCUACAGAUGUAAAUAACAAUAAAAAUUCAUGUUCUGUGCUAAUUAUUUCUUCAGUUACUGCGCCAGUUGUUUCAUUAAUUUGCAGUUAUGGUAUUAGUUAACAAUUUAUUUGACACUGACGGCUUAAGACUGUCAUUAAACAAUGCAUGAGCAUUAAUGAAUGCUUAUAAAAGAUGUAAUUUAGUGUUAUCUGGCAGAUUAUCGCACUUUUGAGUGGAUGUAAUAGAUCCAAACUGGACAUAAAUGGAGUUAGUCACUUAAUUUGCCGGAUGACACUUAAUGACAUAUGUCAUAAGCAUUCAGUAAUGACCGUAAUAGUGCCAUGUCAUAAAUAUGACAGUCUUAUGACACCACUGUCAAAUAAAGUGUUAUUAAACACCAUAUUAAGCAAUUAAUGAAACAACUGGAACAGUAACUGAAGAAAUAGCACAGAACACGAAUUUUGAUUGUUAUUUACAUCUGUAGCGCUGCAAUGCAUGCUAGGAGGCAUGUGUUGCCUAUUAACCCAAAUAAAUAAACAAGCCACAGGAUUCAAAAUGAAGGAAAAAAGUAGCAGCUUAUAGUCUGAAAAUUACGGUAAUUGUUUUUGCGACUCACUGUUUUGCGAAAACAUUUUACAUUCGACUCAAGCUUGCCAGCUAGUCAAUUUUUUUGCGAAGCUGAAUUUUAAUGUGGAAAAAAAUCCCAUGGGAGAAUUUCAAAUACUACCAUUGGUGGCACAAACUUCUAUAUUCUUAAUUUUAACAUAUACUGUACUCUACAGCAGUGUUUUUCCAACCACUGUGGCGCGGCACACUACUAUGCCGUAGCGUAGUGUCUCGUGUGCCGUGGAAAAUUAUCCACUUUCACGCAAUUGAUGUAAAAAUGUUUUUGGCAAAAUCUGGUGUCAGUAAUCAUGCAAUACUCUUCCAAAUCAGUAGGCGUCAAUCGGUAGCUAAUUACUUUAGUAAUGCGUUUUUGUGGCUAGCCGUAGCGGCUAGCUAGCGAAACUAGAACCGUGACAACGAUGGCAAAGGUUUUUUAAAAAGAUGUUGACGAAUGGGGGGGAAAAAAAAAAAAUUCAAUGGCGGUCAAAAGGCGUCAUACUGAGCAAGUAAAAAUGUGCUUUUCUUUUUGUUUUUUUUUUAUUCCUAUUCAAGACGCGACUUUAUAUUGUUACGAUCAGAAAUUCAUUUUUUGAUUUUUUGCUAGUGACGUGCCUUGGAAUUUUUUGUCAUGAAAAAAAGUGUGCCGCGACUCAAAAAAGAUUGAAAAACACUGCUGUACAGUAUGGAAGCCUUAAGUACUGCUGCUGCAUCUUAGUACAUGUACAGUCAAAAAUAUUACUUAGAUGUAUUGUGACCAUCUAAAUAUUGUGUACUGAAAAGUCAUUAAAAAUGAGAUGCACUGCUCUAUCGUUUUUGUUUUUUUAAAGAACAACU